CAACGUGAUAAGACCUGAUAGUGAUACUCCACCUACGCUCUGGUUGCUGAUUGGCGUUACGCAGGUAUCCAGUUAUUAUUUAUUAGCAGAGAGCGUGGACGUCUCAUUUAUGCUGGCCUGAUCUCACUGCAGGAUCUAUCCUUCUUCACUUCUCUGCACCGGGCGCACGCAGACUCUUUUACCAAACUAUCUGCUUGACAGAAAACAGGAGGUGCUGAAAAAAUGAAGGGAGGUGUGCUGCUGGUGACUCUGUUCCUCAUCAUGAAACUUCGAUACAGCCAUUCCAGAUGCGAGGAGCCCGGAACGCGCAGAUCAGAAAAGCCCACAGUCUUGGACAACCUCAAGCGGAACAUUCUGAAGAGGUAUAGCGAUUUGGAUUAUGACAGCUUUGUAGGUCUGAUGGGCAGAAGAGAUGCCGAUGAUAGCGCUGUACCUGCACCACAAAAAAGGGAAAUGAAUGACAUUUUUGUGGGUCUUAUGGGAAGGAGAAACUCAGAGCCUGAUAAUGGUCCCUUGAGAAGAGAGUAUCCAGAGAGGAGAGGCAUUUUUCUCAACAAGUGCAGGCUGAGGUUUCUUCAGGGGCUGUAAAACUUCAUUCAGAAGCAACUCUCAUCUGGCAUCGAUGACAGAAGAUCACAGAAAACACAACAAAUUAACUAAAUGUCUGAUGGAAAUGAAUAAAUGGUGUGAUUCAGACUGUUAACCUGCCAGCUUGGCUUAUGAGAGUGAAUAUAAACUAAACGGAUUGUAUUUGUUUCAUCUGAAGACAACACAUGAUUAUAGUGACAGCCGAUACAUUAUAUUUAUGUUCUUGUUCUUGCUUAACAUGUUCAAAAUAAACCAAUCUUUUUUAUAAAUCAUCUAUUCAUUUAAAACAUUGGUGCAUUUUCCUGAAGCUGUUUAUGAGUGUUUUUUUUAAAUCUGGACAGGCUCUACUGCAUACAGCUAUGUUCACACCUGAUACAAUUGUAAUUGUUGGGUUACAUAAAAUAACUUGACAAAA